AUGGCCCAUUACAAGGUGGAGCAGGAUGACUGGCUGACCGUCUACUUGAAGUAUUUGCUCUUCGUCUUUAACUUCUUCUUCUGGGUGGGGGGCGCUGCGGUCAUGGCCGUGGGCGUCUGGACCCUGGUGGAGAAGAGCGGCUAUCUCAGCGUCCUGGCCUCCAGCACCUUCGCCGCCUCCGCCUACAUCCUCAUCUUCGCGGGCGCCCUCGUCAUGGUGACCGGCUUCCUGGGCUUCGGCGCCAUCAUCCGCGAGGACAGGGGCUGCCUCUCUGCGUAUUUCUGCCUGUUGCUGGUGAUCUUCCUCGUUGAGCUGGUAGCGGGGGUCCUGGCCCACGUGUACUACCAGAGGCUGAGCGACGAGCUGAAGCAACACUUAACCCGAACCCUGGCCGAGAACUACAGGCAGCCUGGCGCUGCGGAAAUCACAGCAUCUGUGGACCGUCUACAGCAGGAUUUCAAAUGCUGCGGGAGCAACAGCUCAGCCGACUGGCUUCAGAGCAGCUACAUCCUGUCUCUGGAGGCCGAGGGCCGCCAGGUGCCGGACAGCUGCUGCAAGACAGUGGUGGCACGCUGCGGCCAGCGGGCACACCCCUCCAACAUCUACAAGGUGGAGGGAGGGUGCAUCAGCAAGCUGGAGCAGUUCCUGGCUGACCACCUGCUGCUCAUGGGGGCCGUGGGCAUCGGGGUGGCCUGCCUGCAGAUCUGUGGCAUGAUACUCACCUGCAGCUUACACCGGAGGCUCCAACUGCAUUUUUACUAA